UGGAUUCACACAGUGUUUCGGUGCUAAUACUGAGUGUGAUGGAGCUUUAUUCUUUACAAUCACACACUGACGCCUUUAUAUUAUAAUUCUAUUCUAUAUUCUAUAUAGAAUCAUAAUACAAUUAUUCACUGGAGAGUUUAAUUAUACUAUGUUCAAGAAUAUGGCGGAGUUCGGACCUGAUUCUGGUGGUCGCGUUAAGGGAGUGACGAUCGUGAAGCCCAUCGUGUUCGGUAACGUGGCUCGCUACUUUGGGAAGAAGAGAGAGGAGGACGGACACACCCAUCAGUGGACUGUUUAUGUUAAACCCUAUAGAAAUGAGGACAUGUCGGCGUAUGUAAAAAAGAUCCAGUUUAAACUACACGAGAGCUACGGGAACCCACUGAGAGUGGUAACCAAGCCUCCGUAUGAGAUCACAGAGACGGGGUGGGGCGAGUUUGAGAUCAUCAUCAAGAUCUUCUUCAUCGACCCCAACGAGAGACCCGUGACUCUGUACCACCUGCUGAAGUUGUUCCAGUCCGACUCCAGCGCCAUGCCCAAGAAGACCGUGGUGUCCGAGUUCUACGAUGAGAUGAUCUUCCAGGAUCCCACAGCCAUGAUGCAGCAGCUCCUAAACACCAGCAGGCAGCUCACACUGGGAGCUUAUAAACACGAGACGGAGUUUGCAGAGCUGGAGGUCCGGACCCGCGAGAAGCUGGAGCUGGUGAAGAGGAAGACGGGCCUGGAGAUCACCGAGCUGAAGGAGAAGCUGAAGGCCUCCAGAGAGAACAUCAACUUCCUCAAGGAGGAGAUCCGCAAACUGGAGGAGGACGACCACGUCAGAGAGCACUGACGGGGAGGAACCUGGACCCGGACCAGGACCACGGCGGCCAGAACCGCGCUGGGACGAAUCGGGACGUCCGUCGCGAGCCACGAAUGCGCACAGAUUCCCACACACACAGUUCAAAACCUCGAUCAGAACCGUCACGCUUAGUUUUUUACCACGGUAACGAAUCGCCAAACGAGGGCGCCGAUAAUAUGAUGUCACUUCUGCCACGCCCACUUUCGCUUCCGCCUCCCCUACGAGUAGGCGGAGCUUCGAUAUAUCACGAUGUUUCGGUAUCGAUCGCCCCUUCUAAUCGCUGUAUUCAUGUAUUUCAGCCACAGCAGUCACUAACAGGUAGGAUACGCUUCUGGCUUUGCCACAACAGUUUAGGGAAGGCCCUUUCCUGCACAGAGCUCCGAUCUCAGCCCCACUCAACAGCUCUGGGAUGAACCGGAACAUCAACUGAUCAAUCGGCGCCCAACCGUACUACAGAACGGGCACAAAUUCCACCCCACACACACACACAGUCGGACGUCCAGCUCAUUAUCAGGCGUCCCAAUACUUUUGGCCGUAUCGUGUAUUUCUUUGAGGGUUCAGUGACUUCUAAUCCUCAUGGACUUGUGUGGAACAGUGGUCGUUUUACCCAGGUCACCACACGCUGGAGGAAACUGGUCUGGCUGAAUCUUAAUAACAGACUGUCCACAGUCAAGUGAGCUUUACUUUACCACUGGGUUACAGACUGCACAUGAAGAACGGACGCUCUUUCCUGUCUGCUGCUCCCCCCACACACACACACACGUCAGCUUCUUUACCCUUGCCAGCGGUGGAGUCGGUACUCCAGUGUGUGUGUGUGUGUGUGUGUGUGUGUUUACUCGAUGUUUCGACUGUUUUUGAUUUACCAAUAAACCUUUUUUUACACAGAAA